AUGUCAAAGGAGUCACGUGCCAUACAUAUAGCACCCAGUGCUACCGAAUUGGAAGCAGCAUUAAUAACUAUAAUAUGUCACAUUCAUGGUAAUGAUUUUCAUGAAGAAAUCGAACAACUGAAGAAACAAGGCCAUGUUGAUAAAUCUAGUUCAAUCAGUAGUUUAUCUCCAUUCAUUGAUAAUGCAAAUGUUCUUAGAGUAGGAGGACGCUUAGAAGCCUCAUCAUUACCAUACGAUUCUAAACACCCAAUGCUGAUCUCAUACAAUGAUCCAUUGGCAAAAUUAUUAUUCAUGAUAUUCCAUGAAGAAAACAAGCACUGUGGCCCGCAGGCACUAUUGAGUAUAGUAAGACAACGUUUUUGGCCGAUUAAAAGUAAUUCAACAGCCCGAGCAACGGUUCAGCUAUGCAUUCGAUGCAACAAAGCACGUCCGCAACUAUGCCAACAAAUUAUGGGGAAUCUACCAGAGUCAAGAAUAACUCCUGUAAGACCCUUCAUUAAUGCUGGGGUAGACUAUUGCGGACCAUUUUGGAUGCACUACAAGGUGAGGGGCAAAAAGCCAACGAAGGCAUAUAUUGCUGUCUUUUGUUGUUUUGCCAUAAAGGCGGUACAUCUCGAGUUGGUGACCGACUUAUCAACAAAUGCUUUCAUUGGAGCAUUAAAACGAUUCAUAGGUCGACGAGGGCGUUGUUUGAAUAUUUACAGUGAUAAUGUAACAAACUUCGUAGGCGCCAAAAACCAGUUAGCAGAACUAGAGGAAAGCAUUUAUUCUAAUGAAGGGCAAGAAGCAAUAAUCUCUGCUUGCAGUACUACAGGAAUAAACUUUCAUUUUAUUCCACCAAGGGCUCCACACUUUGCCGGUUUAUGGGAAGCAUCCGUAAAGUCCGCAAAAUAUUUGUUUCAACAGCAUCAUUGA